AUGCAGCCGUCUUUUACAAUUAACCCAUCAUGUUUUAGGUUGUUUGUUCGGCCUAAACCAAAUGCACAAGGCAAACAGUCUGCAAAACCAGAUUCGGAUGACGAACUCAAAUAACACGACGACCAAUUUCAUCCAAAUGUUUAGAAUCAAUUCCUAAUGAAAAACAGAUCAAUAACGAUAUGUUCAAAUACAUCUACAUUGCCUGAGACUUUAUCUACUUCCUUUCACAAUCAGGAACUCAAUCAAUCAGGCUUAGAAUAAAAUAAAGAAGAUAUAUUUUAUAAAACUAUGCCUACUUCAUUCCAACAAUUUCAGUUCAAAAAUAAGAGAAGAUAUGAACCAUAAGCCUAAAUAACUCAAUAUCAAAUUAAAUUAGAUUCGAUUCCUGGAGAUGAGAGAACUACCUUAAUGAUAAGGAACAUUCCAAAUAAAUACACAUAGCCUAUGUUAUUGGAGAAUUUUGAUAUCAAUCAUAAAGACAACUAUGAUUUUUUUUAUCUGCCAAUUGAUUUUACAAAUAAAUGUAAUGUGGGGUAUGCCUUUAUUAAUUUUUUGGAUUCAAAAUUCAUUCCCAAAUUUUUUCUAGAGUUCCAGGGACGAAAAUGGAAAUUAUUCAAUUCAGACAAAAUCUGUGAAAUAACUUAUGCGAGAAUCCAGGGUGUCGAAUAAUUGCAAGGACACUUUCAAUACUCUACCAUCAUGUAGGAGAAGGACAAUAGACUUAAACCAAUUUUCAAGAAAUACCAAUCAGAUUAAUAAUUCAAAAGAAAAUGAUAUUGAUUUCAAGUAGAUAAUACUAUCUUCAUAUAUAAU